CCCCUCCGUCGAACAAGUCGACAGCCUCGAGAUAUUACUUUCAAGCCGCUAAAAUGGGCGUCGGGCGUCGCAUGAAGAAGCAGGGUCCCCCUGCACCCUUGUCAGAGGCACAUUUCGACAAACUGAAGCGCAAGAAGGGUAUCCCAGUCGACGAUACCCCCGCAGAGGCACCCUCGUACAAGAAGCGAAGAACUUCCAAGAAGUCGGAACAAUCGCCCAAGGGCGACGGCAGGGCCAAUACGAAGGGCGCAACCUCAAAGCCGGCUAGGAAGCAGGCCGGUAGCGAGAAGAGCGCUCCGGGUGCCCCGAAAGAUGGAAAGAGAGUUGGGAAUUCCAAGGCUAAGAAGACGCCCCUUCCCGAGUCUGAUGAGGAGAUGGACGACGAGUUUGGCGCAUCGGACUUGGAGGAUGAGGCCGAUGAGAGUGAACUGAACGGGGAAAAGCUGGGAGACGACUUCCUCGGCUCGGACGACUCGGUUUACGACUCGGAUCAAGAACAGGGACAUAGGAAGGAGACCUUCGUCUUCUCCGACGACGAGGACGACGACGAGGACAGAGAAGAGAAGUUGACAGUUGCCAACAUCGAAGGUCUCUCGAGGAAACUGGAUAAACAGUUGGAAGAAGAAGCGGCAGAGAACGAGGCAGAGCUCCGUGAGGAAGCUCUCCAAACCAACAUCGACGGCGACAAGCCGCAGGUGCUGGGCGGUGACGACGAUGACGACGAGCUCUCGUCCAAGGCGAAGACUCUGCUAGCCCCUGACCUCCAGAUGCUGCGGACCAGGAUAACAGAGACGAUCCGCGUGCUCGAAGACUUCUCAAACCUGGCGGAGGAAGGCCGGAGCAGGGUCGAGUACACCAGCCAGCUCCUGAAGGACUUCUGCAGCUACUACGGUUACAGUGAAUUCUUGGCAGAGAAGCUUAUGAAUCUCUUCUCGGUCAAAGAGGCAUUCGCCUUUUUCGAGGCUAACGAGUCUGCCCGUCCCGUCGUCAUCCGCACGAAUACCCUCCGGACACAUCGUCGUGACCUUGCGCAGGCACUCAUCAACCGCGGCGUCACGCUGGAACCGGUAGGCAAAUGGUCGAAAGUCGGCCUGCAGAUCUUCGAUUCCAACGUUCCUUUGGGUGCCACCCCCGAGUAUUUGGCGGGCCACUACAUCCUGCAAGCCGCGUCGUCCUUCCUGCCCGUCAUGGCGCUGUGCCCACAGGAGAACGAGCGUGUUCUCGAUAUGGCUGCUGCUCCGGGAGGCAAGACGACGCAUAUGGCGGCGCUCAUGAAGAACACGGGCGUCAUCUUCGCCAACGACGCGAACAAGGCGCGUUCCAAGGGUCUGAUAGGCAAUAUUCACAGACUCGGCGCUGCGAACACAAUCGUGUGCAACUACGACGCCCGCGAGUUCCCUGGAGUGAUGGGCGGUUUCGACAGGGUGCUGCUGGACGCGCCGUGCUCAGGCACCGGAGUUAUUGCCAAGGACCCUUCCGUCAAGACCAACAAAGACGAGAAGGACUUCAUGGUAUUGCCGCAUACGCAGAAGCAGUUGCUUCUGGCAGCCAUCGACUCGGUUAAUCACGCCAGCAAGACGGGCGGCUAUGUCGUCUAUUCGACGUGUAGCGUCACUGUUGAGGAGAAUGAGCAAGUCGUUGCCUACGCCCUCAGCCGUCGUCCUAAUGUCAAACUUGUCGAGACCGGUCUGCCCUUCGGCAAGGAAGGGUUCACAAGUUACAUGGGCAAAGAGUUCCCCCCAAGCCUCAAGUUGACGCGCCGCUACUACCCCCACACGUACAACAUGGACGGCUUCUACGUGGCCAAGUUCCAGAAGCUCCGCGCCACGCCGGCCAACGCCGUCAAGGUGAACAGCGCCGCGGACAAGAAGAGCAACGGCGUCAAGAGGGCUGGCGGCGGCUCCGCCGGCGCCGGCGAUAGAGACGAGGACGAGGACGAGAUCGUGGACAGGACGCCGAUCGCUGCGGACGACGAGGAGGGCGGGGAGGAGGACGGGUUUGGCGGGUUCGACGAUGAUGAGGAUCGCGAAUACAUGGAUCGCGCUAGGCGCAAUGCUAUGCGGCGGAGAGGUCUGGAUCCCAAGGCGCUCAAUCAGAAGGGGGCCAAGAAGGGGAAGGAGACGAAGGAAUAGAGAUUUCCUGGUGAGACAGGGAGCGAGCGCCAUACAUGCCAGAUGAGGUUAGAUUCGAGGGUGUCUAGUAUAGGGGGUUGUCGAGGGUAGGGCCCAGGGCAAAAGCAUGGAAGUGGGGACGAGGGGAGUAUUCCAGCCGUCUCUGAGCUGUCUAGUUUGGAGUCUAGGGAAAAGAAAAUAGAAAUCACGGGCUUCACUACGUGGUAAACCAAGUGACACUUUUCGAGCCGUGGGCUAGUCUGGUCGUUUUCCUUGAAAACCAAGACCAAUUA